AUGGAAGCUUUGUUUAAGGAGUGUCCGAAGCCAGAUAAGAAGAAAAUUAAGGAGCUCAGUGAUAAGAUAGAGCUAGAACCUUUGCAGAUCGUGUUUUGGUUCCAAAAUAGGCGUACCCAAUUAAAGAAUCAAGAUCAACAUAGUAAGAAUUUAUCACUUCGAGAUGAAUAUGACAAGCUUAGGACUGAAUAUGCGUGGUUAAGUGAAGUUGUCAACAAUGGUUGCCCUAAUUGUAGCGACCAUGGUUUCCAUUUAGGUGAAAUUCCAGAUAAUGAACAACAUUUAAGUCUCAAAAAUGCUCGCCAAGAAGAAGAGGUUGUUCACAUUUCAAGACAACAUAUUGCUGAAGUAAUUAGGGCAGCUAUGUACGAGCUUCUUCAAAUGUCUCAAAUGGGAGAGCCACUUUGGCUUCCAAACAAUGACUUAAAUAUAGAAGAAUAUAAGAGGAAAUUCCCCAGGAGUAAUGAUCCUAAGCCUAAUGGAAUUAAGACUAGUGCUUCACGAGAAAGUUCUCUUGUAACCAUGAAUCACAUCAACUUGGUGAAGAUUUUCAUGGAUACGAUAUAUGCAGAGUUUCAAGUUCCCUCUCCACAAAUUCCGAAUCGACAUUGCUACUUUGUAAGGUCUUGCAAUAAAAUUGUUGAUGGACUAUGGGUCACAUGGAUUGAGCAUAUCGAGGCCCAUGACACAUUAAUUUACACCUUUUACAAGACCUUUGUGAAUUCCAGCCUUGCAUUUGGGGCAAAGCGUUGGAUUUCUAUCUUGGAUAGACAAUGUGAACGAUUAGCAAGUGUAGAAGCCACAAAUUUACCCCAAAAUAACAUUACUCAUACGCUGUCAAUCGAUAAAGAGAGAAGAAAAAGUGUGUUGAAGCUUGGAGAGAGAAUGAUAAUAAACUAUAUUUCAGGAGUGAGUGGAACCAAAACACACAAAUGGACAACUUUCACAGGAAGUGGCUAUAAUAUUAAUGAUCUUCAAGUCAAGACUAGACGGAGCAUAAACGAUCCAGGGAGACCACGGGGACUUGUAUUGUGCGCUUCAACUUCCAUCUGGCUGCCCGUUCUUCCAAAACUUUUGUUUGAUUUCCUUCGGAAUGAAAACACAAGGGGAAAGUGGGACAUUCUAAUAAAUGGGGGUACUAUUCAAGAAGUUACUCAUAUUGCAAAUGGAAUGGAAAUAGGCAAUUCUAUCUCCAUAUUGAGAGUCAAUUGUCCAAAUCAAGCUCCAAACGGUAUGUUGAUAAUUCAAGAGAGCAUCAGUGAUCCAACAGGGUCAUUUAUUGUUUAUGCACCUAUAGAUAUUCGUGCAAUAGACAUGAUAUUAUGUGGUGGGAAUCCCGAUGUUGUUCCGCUAUUACCUUCUGGAUUUGCUAUACUCCCUGAUGGUCCAUCAGGUAGUACAAACCACGAAAUUUCUGAUUAUAGUGGAUCAUUCCUCACUAUUGCAUUCCAGAUUUUGGUAGAUAAUGUACCAACUGCAAAUAUUUCUCCUCAAUCUGUUGCUGCGGUCGAUAAACUCAUUUGUGUAUGGGAAGGAGCAGUAGAGAAGAAGUUGACAAAGGCAGGAUAA